UAUAACCGAAGUAAAGCCGCCUACAUCAUCGGACCUAUGGGAACUUUCGAAGCUUCAACAUUGAUCUCAAUCGAAUCUACGAAGGAUCUCUAUAUCACAACAACGAAGCUAUUGGGGAUCCCAAUUCGACUUUGCGACCAUGGCGACCCCUACGCAACAAACAUAUAUCCCCAGCAAAGUCGUCAAGUCCGAAUUUCCCCUCAUCGAUAAUGACCCACAUUUCAAGAGGGUGGUAGGAUAUGCUAGGCCAUCAGACUACAUACACGGCACCGUCGCCGCCGCCGCAGGCCCGGGUCUGCUGUGGUUGAUGGAAAGAUUCGCACCCUCACACGCCGGCCGAGGAGGUUUCGCAAGGGCUAUGCGACUUACAGGUGUUCUCGGAGUUUGCGGUGGUUUCAUAUACUUCUACCAACGAUCAUGUUUACGAUUCUACGGCAUGUCCGAAAACGCCCGCGAAGUAGAACUGGACAUGCGAGAAAUGGUCGACAAAGUCAAAGCCGGCGAGCCUCUAUACGGCGAAAGCCGAUUGACACCCCACAUGCAAGGUGUCGCAGCCCGACAAUCACGAUACGCAUCCCUCUUCCUUGCCGUCAUGCCCUGGUUUAACUUCGUCAACCACAACCAACACGGUGUCGAUACGGCCAAGUACUACCGCCGCGCUGAGCAGGAACUUGAGGCUGAGCGAUUGGGUAAGAGUAGUUCGUGAAAUAAAAUUGGGAAAAAAAUGAAUAUUUAGGCGAUUGGGUUGAUGGGGGGGAGGGAGAGAAGAUAAAGAUGCAGUUAAUCUGUACAUAUACCGAUACUUCUCGGCUAGUAGAUACAUAGCCGAAGUUCACACAAGGACUCCGACGGACGACAUGGAAUGCGAAUUCUAAAACUUCAUUUGUUACGACGGUAUCU